AUGGACAAUGUGAGUGAAUUCUUCAUGCAGAAGCAUGUAAUGACGGAUCUUUUGCAUCAUAGGUGUCGGAUUUGCAAUCAGAUUCUUCCUGCAUUCAAGCAAUUCAGCAAAGAGUUCCCAAAGCUUUCCUUUGUAUAUGCUGAUAUAGACGAGUGCCCCGAGACCACUCAGCAUAUUCGCUACACACCUACAUUUCAAUUUUAUCGUGAUGGUGAGAGGGUUGAUGAGAUGUUCGGGGCUGGAGAAGAAAGGCUACAUGAUCGUCUUUGGUUGCAUUCUUAACGUUAGUUAUCUUCGUUUCACCUGUACGGUAUAUUCUGAAGCCGCCAUAGCCAAAACAAGCAUUUUUAGCUAAUUUUAGAACAUUUAUGUUUGUUAUUACGUGCAAGUGUUUUGAAAUUUGAAGUAACUCAUGUCUUGGCCUUGCCCCGAAAGAACAUAAGCCUUGUAAUCGUACGUUAUAGAUUUGUUCCUACUUUUAUAGAUGACAAUUGAAACAA